AUGGAGCGAGUAGGUUUUGUGGAGGAACUAGGGGUUGCGUUUGAAGCUCCCAAGACUCCUCAAGCGGAUGAUGAGAGUGGUGAGGUGAGGGAGUGGAAGAGAGGGAAACACGGAGAGGAGGAAGAAGAGGAGGAGGAUGAAGAGGAGGAAAAGAGGGAGCCAGAGCAGGAGGAAGAGGAGGAAAAGAAAGAGGUAGAGCAGGGAAGGGAGGAAGAAGUGAGCUGGCACAGUGAAAGCGGGAACGUUCUUGAAGAUGUCGCUGCUGAGGAAGUGGCAGCAGUGAUGGAAGGGGCAGCUGACGUGGCAACAGCUCAUUUGGGAGCUGAUGUGACGGCAGCUGAUGUGGCAGUUGACCUUGUGGCAGAAACAGCAAUAGAUCCAGCAUUGGAGGGAUCAACCGAUCUUCAAGCAGAGAUAGACGCGGAAGCAGGAGAAACUGAAGCUGAAGUAGCUGUAGGGACAGCAUCGGAAUCACAAUUAGGUGAAGAGACAGCAGGAUCCGAAGCAGGAGCAGGGCUAGAAACAGAGUUGAUAGCAGAAGCAGGAGAUGUGGCAGCAACCGAUCUUGUGGGAGAGAUAGAAGGAGAAGCAGAAGGAGAAGCUGAAGUUGUAGCUGCAGGGGAAACGUUGGGGUCAGAAGUAGGUGGAGAGGCAGCAGAAACAGAAGCAGGUGAAGAGUUGGAAGCAGAGAUAGCAGGCCGAGCAGUGGAGUUCGAAGCAGGAGCGGACUUAGGGGACGAAGUAGGUGCAGGGGCAGCAGAUUGGGAGUUAGAAGCAGGAGCAGAGCUGGUAGAGGUAGCAGCAGAAGCAGGGAAAGUAGAAGCACGAGUAGAUUUGCAAACAGAGUUAACAGCAGAAGCAGGCGGAUUGGAAGCAGGUGUAGAGCUCGAAGCAGAGUUAGCAGCGGUAGAAGCUGCGAUAGAGGCGGAGGAAGCUGCAGAAGCAGCAGAAUAUGAAGCAGGAGCAGGGAUUGAGGCAGUGGUAGCAGCAGGAGCUGAGGCUGAAGCAGAAAUGGGAAUGGAGAUAAGAGAGGGGGGAGCAGAAGCAGAAGAAGUUGACGUAGCAGCAAACGAGGAAGCCAUGCUGCAAGGAGAGGCUGGGGUGGAGGCAGAAGCACAAGCAGGAGCAGAAGAAUAUGAGUUUGCAGCAGAUGGAGCAGAGGAAACGGAGGUAAGAGCGGAGGAGGAAGAGGAAGGAGGAGAGGAAAUGGUGGGAGUAGGAGGAGUGGAGGUAGCGGUAGGAGGGGAGGAGGUGGAGGCAGGAGGAGAGGAGGUGGAGGUAGGAGGAGAGGAGGCAGAGGGAGCAGAGGACAUGGAGAUAAGAGAGGAGGAGGUAGAGGAAGGAGGAGAGGAAGCAGAGGGAGGAGAAGAGGAGGUGGAGGGAGGAGGAGAGGAGAGAGAGGUAAGAGGAGAGGAGGUGGAGAUAGGAGGAGAGGAGAUAGGAGGACAGGAGGUAGAGGGAGGAGCAGAGGAGGCAGAGAUAAAGGGUGAGGCAGAGGGAAAAGAUUCUUUGGCCAGGAUUGUUGAGGCAUAUGCUGCUGCUAGCGCUGCCAAUAGUAAGCCUGCUGCAGCGGCGGCUACUGAGGCACCUCAGAAGCUGGCAUGUGUUGCUGGUGCUGGUGGCUCGUUGUUGCCUCCAUUUGCUGAAGAGGCAGAAGGCAAAGACUCUUUGGCCAGGAUUGUUGAGGCGUAUGCUGCCUCUGGCGCUGCCAAUAGUAAGCCUGCUGCAGCGGCGGCUACUGAGGCGCCUCAGAAGUCGGCAUGUGCUGUUGGUGCUGCUGGUGCUGCUGGUGCUGUUGGUGCUGCUGGUGCUGCUGGCUCGUUGUUGCCUCCAUUUGCUGAAGAGGCAGAAGGCAAGGAUUCUUUGGUCAGGGUUGUAGAGGCAUAUGCUGCUGCUAGCGCUGCCAAUGGUAAGCCUGCUGCAGCGGCUGGCAUUGAGGCGCCUCAGAAGUCAGCAUAUGCUGCUGGUGCUUCCAACAAUAAGCCUGCUGCAUUGGCACUGGCGGCGGGAGAAGCAGUAGGGCUGGGUUCAGCAAGUGAGAUUGGGAAAGAGAUCAGGAGAGAUAAGUCAGUGUAUGGGGUCAAUGGAGGGGACUGGCAGGGUGGAGGAGUAAUUGGGCUGAUUCCCGAGGCUCCUCAAAAAACAGCUGCUGCUGAGAUAGAAGCAGGGAUUGGCGGAGUGGAGACGAUGGGUGGGGCUUUCAAGCAGGGAAGUGGAGGAGCUGGGGUCGGCAUUGAGGAAAUGGAGGAUGGUACCAGCACACAGGCUGACCUAGGGGAGGUUCGUGUGGGGGAGGUCCAUGUUGAGGAGGUUGUUGGAUCACCUGAGGAGGUUGUUGGAUCACCUGAGAAAAAACAUGAGGAGAAACAUGAGGAGAUCGGUUUCUACUUCCCUUAUUCUGACAGCUCACCUGAACGCCCUGACAGCUCAGCUGAACGCCCUGACAGCUCAGCUGACCACUCGGAUAGCUCACUCGAAGGUCCUGACAGCUCGUCGGAAGAUUCUGACAGCUCACCUGGCAAGGCGCUCAGCGAGCCACCUGAACUUUCACCUGAGGAAGCACCUGAGCCACAUGCUGCCAUUACGUUUGAGGCUCUCCAGGAAACACCUGAGGAUUGCAAAACUUCAUCUGAGAUUCUGAUUGCCGAUCUAUUUGGGCCUUCACCUGAAAAUUCACCUGAGCCAGGCUACUGGGCACCUGAAACAGAUGACCAGACGUUUGUGGAUGGGGGUGGUGCACCGGAUGCUGAUGCUGAUGCUGCUGCUGAUGCUGAUGCCAAGGCUGAUCCUUCACCUGAAUUUUCACCUGAAGAUGCUCGAGAGCUAGCCGCAUCCUCUCACCUACCUCCUACUGGCAGCAUGACUUCUUCUCUUCGCCCAUCUGUUUCCCCCCCAUCUUCCCAACCCCCCUCUUCCCACCCUCCAUCUUCCCACCAUCCAUCUUCCCACCUCCCCUCUUCCCACGCUCCAUCUUCCCUCCCCCCAUCUUCCCUUCCCCCUAGAGGCGCAGUAUCCCGCCUUCCCCCUAUAGGUGCAGUAGCAUCUCUUCCCCCCAUUGGCGCAGCAGCAUCUCUCCCCCCCAUAGGCGCAGCAGCAUCUCUCCCCCCCAUAGGCGCAGCAGCUUCUCUUCCCCCCAUCCUUCCCCACAUGCCCCACUCCUUCCCCUUUGCCCCCUUUCUCCCCUUCCCCCUUGGUCCCUUCCCUUCCCUUGGUUACAAUACGGGUUACCACCAUCUCUCUCCUGCUCAGAUGCACUUUCUUAGCAGAACUGCUGAAUUUGGAAACGUUUCCACUUUUGGAAAUGCUCCCAAUUGGGGAAAUGCUGGGCCUGGUACUGCUGGUGAGGGGAGGCGUUUUCCUGGUGCUGCUGGAGAGGGGAGGCGUUUUCCUGGUGCUGCUGGUGAGGGAAAUCGUUUUCCGGUUGACAAGGAGUGGCAGGGCAGGGCUAGCAAUAGCGAGUGGCAGGGCGGGGCUAGCAAGGAGUGGUUAGACGCUCCUCUGGUCUUUGGUCUGAACGUCAUUCCACCAGGGGCUAUUGUGAAGGAGACAGGUGAUGCAUCGGAGGCAGACGGGGUUUUUGAGGCGCCUCAAAAAUCUCCUCUGGUGUUUGGUCUGAACGUCAUUCCGCCAGGGGCUGUUCUGAAUGAGACAGGUGGUGCUGCAGCAGAGGCGGACAAGGAGGAUGGGGCGAAAGGGGACUGGUCUUUGGCGACUUUUGAGACGUCUCAAAAGGCAGAUAAGUCGGAAGCAGGUGUGAGUGUGCUGAACACGCUGCUUGGUUAUGGGACGGAUGAGGAGGGUGAAGAGGAAGAAGAGGAGGAGGAGGGAGGUGAGGGAGAGGAAGGUAAGGAGGGGGAAGGAGAGGAGGGACCAGGAAAGGAGCCUGGUGCUACUGAGGCUGCUGCCGCCCCUACAUCUGAGGUGCCUAUACAAUCAGUAGUGGCAGCAGCACCUGCCGUGGUCACUGCAACUGCUACUGCUUUUAAGGCGCCUUUAAAACAAGCGCUUAAGACAUCGGUAGUGGCAAUCGCGGAUUGA